AAAUAAAAUUGAAAAAUUAGUUUAAGAAAUAAAGAAAACAAAAGGGAAAAGAUAGCGGUCCAUUUGGCAAACAAAACACCAAAAUCAUCAAACGGGUCGGGUCAUAAUCGGAGCUAAAAAGCUUCAGUUCGCCGGCGAUUGUCAAAAAUUCUUCCUGAUACUGAAACCGCCUGCUUUAUCUCGCUUGAUGUCUCGCAAGCGCAAUGCUAUUGUUGCCACAGGCUUGCUAGUCUUUGCAGCUGCUGGCUUAUCCUUUCCGUUUUACAUGGCGUCAAGAUCAUCAAGAUCAACUCCAGUCAUCGAUUCAUCAAAGGCGUUGCCACCCCAAGCGACCUUUCGCGGUCCUUACAUCAACACAGGAUCGCGUGAUAUUGGACCUGAUCACCAAACAUACACUAAGAAAUAACAUCUUUCUUGGUUAGAAAUUAGUUUGCUUUAGAAGAUUUGUAUGUUUGAGUGAUCGAGGAGCGCCCUAGCUGACCUGGACACCAUCGUUAUUGAAACCGUGUUACACUCUCGGAGAAAAUUUGCAUGUUUGAGAGUGGUCGCUGAGCAGUCUGGCCUGGACGCUACUGUUAUAAAAAAGAAAGUAGCAGCGAAAGAUUGACGCUUUUCUAAUAUUCUUUCAGACAUAUAACUUGAUGUUGCUUAUCAGUGAAUUUUUUGGUCAGAAACAACUAUAUGUAAUAAUGGGUGUGCAUCGGUCGGUUCGGUUCGAUUUUAUAUAUUAUCGGUUCGAUU